AUGGUGCUCUUCGGCUCAACCACGCCCAAGGCGCCGACCACGGCCGUCGCCAUCGACCCCGAGGUCUCCCGCCGCAUGUCCGUCGACGGCGUCAACGCCGCCGGCCUCGCCACCGAGGCUGCGAACGCGACCGAGGCCGAGCUCGGCAUGGGCCUCAUGCAGUCCAUCAGGCUGUACCCCAAGGCCGUCUUCUGGUCGCUCUUCUUCAGCACCGCCGUCAUCAUGGAGGGCUUCGACAAGACCCUCAUCGGCAACCUCUACGCCUACGACGUCUUCCAGCGCAAGUUUGGCGAGCGCCAGCCCAACGGCUCCUACGAGCUGACGGCCGCGUGGCAGGCCGGCCUCAGCAACGGCGCCCUCGUGGGUGAGAUUACGGGCCUCUUCAUCAACGGCCUCAUCGCGGACAGGUUCGGGUACCGUAAGACCAUGAUCGGCGGUCUCAUCGCCGUCACGGCCUUUGUCUUCAUCAUCUUCUUCGCCGAGACCCUUGUCCAGCUCCUGAUUGGAGAGAUCCUCAUCGGAAUCCCGUGGGGUAUCUUCCAGACCCUGACCGUGACCUACGCCUCCGAAGUCUGCCCCACGCACCUGCGAGCAUACCUUACGACCUACGUGAAUCUCUGCUGGGUCAUGGGCCAGUUGAUCGCGAGUGGUGUCCUCCGUGCAAUGAUCCAGCGCACCGACGAAUGGGGCUUCAAGAUCCCCUUUGCGCUGCAGUGGAUGUGGCCCGUCCCGCUCAUCAUCGGCAUCUUCCUCGCCCCCGAGUCCCCAUGGUGGCUCGUCCGCAAGGAGCGCCUCGAGGACGCCAAGGCCUCCCUCCUGCGCCUCACCAGCCGCAACAAGCAACAUGACUUCAACCCCGAUGAGACAGUCUCCAUGAUGGUCCACACCAACGCGCUCGAAAAGGCCGCACAGAGCGGAACGACGUACCUCGACUGCUUCAAGGGCAACGACCUCCGCCGCACCGAGAUUGUCUGCUGUGUUUGGGCCAUCCAGACCCUCUGCGGCUCGACCUUCAUGGGCUACUCGACCUACUUCUACCAGCAGGCCGGCAUGGCUACGGAAAACUCCUUCAGCAUGUCGUUGGGCCAGUACGCCAUCGGUGCCGUCGGCACAGUCUUCUCGUGGUAUCUGAUGCAGCACUUUGGUCGCCGGACGCUGUAUCUCGCAGGCCAGGCCAUCAUGUGCGUCGUGCUCGCCACCACUGGCUUCGUCUCCUUCGCCGGCAGGGAGAACGUAGCCGCGCAGUGGGCCAUCGGCAGCCUGCUUCUCGUCUACACCUUCUUUUACGACUGCACCGUCGGCCCGGUCUGCUACUCGCUGGUAUCCGAGCUCAGCUCCACCCGCCUCAGGACCAAGACCGUGGUGUUGGCGCGCAACCUGUACAACAUUACCGGCAUCACGACCAACAUCCUGACGCCUCUGAUGCUCAACCCCACUGCGUGGAACUGGGGCGCCAAGAGCGGCCUCUUCUGGGCCGUCAGCUGCUCCAUCUGCUUCGUCUGGACAUGGUUCCGCCUGCCUGAGCCCAGAGGUCGAACGUACGGUGAGCUCGAGGUGCUGUUCGAGCAAGGGCUGCCGGCGAGAAAGUUCAGCAGGACCGAAGUUGCUGGGUUGACUCGAGGGGCGCACAGCAACGAUAAGCUGUCCGAGAAGGAGUCUGAAGCAGGUGUCAGUGAGAUCGAGAAGAUGGCUUCGGCAUAG